AUGCCUCCCCGCAGAAGGGGCCAGCCCGCUGCAGUCGGCAGUCGGACGGCGCAGCCCUCGCAGGUAUCCAAGACAGGCGCCUCUGAUGCAGGAUCGAAACGAAAGCGUCCGUCGGUGUCCAAGCCACCGGCAGAUCCGGCCCCGCCCGCACCCCCCGCCGAGGAAGACAAUGCGGUCGAGGAGGAAGAGCCCACGUCGACAUACCGCCAUCGCGACCCGUUUGAUGCGCUACUCGAGCCGUUCUACUACAAUAAAUCAUUGACCGAUCCGAUUAACACGGCCCGCGAUAAGUGGAAUCUGUUGCCGGCGUUUCUGAAGGUCAAGGGACUGGUCAAGCAGCACAUUGACUCAUACAACUACCUGGUGGAAGUGCAGCUGAAGAAGAUCGUCGAGUCGAGUUCAACCAUUCGCAGUGAUGUCGACCAUAACUUUUACAUCAAGUUCACCGAUAUCUAUCUGGGUGCGCCGCGACGCGCGGAUGAGGCACAGGAUGUGGGUCCCGCCUUCGAAGGUUCAACCAUCAACCCCCAGGAAUGUCGCCUCCGGGACACGACCUACGCUGCGCCGAUCCAAGUCGACUUCGAAUAUGUUCGUGGACGUCAAAGGGUGAAGAGACGCGGUGUCGCUAUCGGCCGGAUGCCCGUCAUGCUUCGCAGCUCCAAGUGUGCCUUGGCGAAUAAGUCGCCCACAGAGAUGACGGUUCUGAACGAGUGCCCGCUCGACCCCGGUGGUUACUUCAUCGUGAACGGAACGGAGAAGGUCAUUCUGGUUCAGGAGCAGCUGAGUAAAAACAGAAUUAUCGUGGAAACCGACCCGAAGAAGGAGAUCGUCCAGGCGUCGGUGACAAGUUCGUCCAACGAGCGAAAGUCGAAGAGUUAUAUUAUCUUGAAGAAAGACAAGCUCUACGUCAAGCACAACGUUUUGAGUGAAGAUAUUCCGAUUGUGAUCCUUUUGAAGGCGAUGGGUAUCCAUACCGACAAGGAGAUGAUGCUUUUGGUUGCCGGCAUGGAUAAGGUGUACCAGGAAGAUUUCGCGAUCAAUUUCGAGGAAGCGAUCAAGCUCGGCAUCUUUACCCAGCAGCAAGCGCUGGAUUGGAUCGGCUCGCGGAUCAAAAUCAACCGCAAACAGAUGUCGUACCGUCGGACCCAUAUCCAAGAGGCGGUUGAAGCCAUCGCUUCCGUUAUCAUCUCCCAUAUUGAGGUCAAGAACAUGAACUUCCGACCUAAGGCUGUCUACGUGGCGCAUAUGGCUCGACGUGUGUUGAUGGCCAAGAAUGACUCCGCCUUGGUAGAUGACCGCGAUUAUCUCGGAAACAAACGGUUGGAAUUGGCAGGUCAGCUCUUGGCUUUGCUGUUUGAGGAUCUGUUCAAGAAGUUCUGCUUCGACAUCAAGAUGAACGUGGACAAAGUCCUGAACAAACGGAACCGUGCAGAGCAGUUCGAUGCCUGGAGCGUCAUGGGCAUGCAUACCAACCACAUCACCCAAGGCAUGAACCGCGCCAUCUCCACCGGUAAUUGGAGUCUGAAGCGUUUCCGCAUGGAACGUGCGGGUGUCACGCACGUGCUUAGUCGACUCAGUUAUAUCGCGGCCCUGGGUAUGAUGACGCGUAUUAGCAGUCAGUUCGAAAAGACGAGAAAGGUCUCCGGUCCUCGUGCUCUGCAGCCGUCUCAGUUCGGCAUGCUGUGUCUAGCGGAUACGCCCGAAGGUGAAGCUUGCGGUCUGGUGAAGAACCUGGCGCUCAUGACCCACAUCACCACAAACGACGAAGAAGGCCCGAUUCGAAACCUCAUCUUCAUGCUCGGUGCUGAGGAUAUCUCCACGCUCGGUGGCAAGGAGAUCUAUGGCCCUGGUUGCUACACGAUCUCGAUUAACGGUACGCCGUUAGCCCUCACUCGUCGCCCUAAAUAUUUCCUGAACGCCUUCCGCCGCCUGCGUCGGAUGGGUCGGAUCUCCGAAUUCGUCAGUAUAUACAUCAACCACCACCAACGUGCUGUGCACAUUGCCACAGACGAUGGUCGAAUCUGUCGGCCGCUGGUCAUCGUUGAAAACGGCAAGUCCAAGGUCAACGCGGACCAUCUUGUAAAGCUGCGUGACGGUAGCAUGCAGUUCGAUGACUUCCUCGCCCAGGGCUUGGUAGAAUACCUGGAUGUGAACGAGGAAAACGAUUCCUUGAUCGCCAUCUACGAAAAAGAUAUCAGUGAUACUACGACCCACAUGGAGAUUGAGCCGUUCACCAUCCUCGGCGCUGUCGCCGGCCUGAUUCCCUACCCGCACCACAACCAAUCCCCGCGUAACACCUACCAAUGUGCGAUGGGUAAACAAGCCAUUGGCGCAAUCGCGUCGAACCAGUUCCUCCGGAUCGAUUCCAUCCUGUAUCUCAUGGUGUACCCGCAAAAGCCCAUGGUCAAGUCGCGCACGAUCGAACUGACGAAAUACGACCAACUGCCCGCUGGACAGAACGCGAUCGUGGCGGUCAUGAGUUACUCGGGAUACGAUAUCGAAGAUGCCCUCGUGUUGAACAAGGGAUCGGUGGACCGUGGAUUCGGACGCUGCCAGGUGUUCCGCAAAUACGUCACGAACCUGAAGAGCUACCCGAACGGCACGAAAGACCGGCUGAGCCCGCCGGAAUACGACAACGGCGCGCCCAUCCGGAAACACGCGCUGCUCGAAGGAGACGGUCUAGCCGCCGUCGGCGAGCAGGUGAACUCCGGAGAAGUCUACAUCAACAAAGCCACGCCAGAUCAGUCCAUGUCGUCCGGGUUCCCCGGCUCCGACUCAGGCCGACCAGUCCAGUACAUGUCAACGCCCAUGACCUACAAGCUCCCCGACCCCGCCUACAUCGACAAGGUCAUGGUGUCCGUGCAAGAAAACGACAACCAGCUCGUCAAGGUGCUCACGCGACAGACGCGUAUCCCCGAAGUCGGCGACAAGUUCUCCUCCCGCCACGGCCAAAAGGGCGUGGUCGGCAUCAUCGCCGACCAAACCGACAUGCCCUUCACGGACCAAGGCAUCAACCCGGACAUCAUCAUGAACCCCCACGGUUUCCCCUCCCGAAUGACAGUCGGCAAAAUGCUCGAGCUCGUCGCCGGCAAAGCCGGCGUCAUGGCCGGCCGCCACGGCUACGGCACCUGCUUCGGCGGCAGCCCCGUCGAAGAAAUGUCGCAGAUCCUCAUCGACAAGGGCUUCAGCUACGGCGGCAAAGACUACCUCACCUCCGGCAUCACCGGCGAAGCCCUCCCCUUCUACGUCUUCACGGGCCCCAUCUACUACCAGAAACUGAAGCACAUGGUGCAAGACAAGAUGCACUCGCGUGCGCGCGGGCCACGCGCUAUUCUCACGCGCCAGCCCACAGAAGGUCGCUCCCGCGACGGCGGUCUCCGUCUGGGUGAAAUGGAACGCGACUGUCUCAUUGCCUACGGAACGAGCCAGCUCCUGCUCGAACGGCUGAUGAUCUCGUCGGAUCGUCAUGAGAUCGACGUGUGCGAGCAGUGCGGCUUCAUGGGCUACCUUAACUGGUGUCAGCGGUGCAAGUCGUCGCGUAGCGUCGUCAAGAUGGCUAUCCCUUAUGCGGCUAAGCUGCUGAUCCAGGAGCUGAUGAGUAUGAAUGUUACGGCGCGGUUGAAGCUGGAGGAUGAGUUCCCGGAGACGAGGGGGCGGUAAAUAUAUUUCACCUCUUCAUUAUCUACGAUGUUUUCGAGUGGGAUGGAAAAGGUACUGAAAAGUUUGUUCGUCUGGUGUUGUGUUUUGGGGCGGCGUUUGCCGUCUUUGUAUAUAUGAUUGCAUGCAUAGCGAGGGUGAUUACACUGAAUGCCUAG